AUGCAUGCUGGGCCGGCGCGGGAGACCCUCACCUGUCCCUGCCGCCGCUCCAGGCCGGAUUCCCAGCCCGGGAAAAGCAGCGGAGCCCCCAAGAUCUACACCAAGACGGGAGACAAAGGGUUUUCCAGCACCUUCACCGGGGAGAGGAGAGCCAAAGAUGAUCAGGUCUUCGAUGCUUUGGGAACCCUGGAUGAACUGAGUUCGGCUAUAGGCUUAAGUGCUGAAUUUGGCAGCGAAAGUGGCCACGCGUUUGUGGAAGAACUUCACAAGGUCCAGUGUGUGCUGCAAGAUGCCGGCUCUAAUGUGGCAACGCCCAUCUCUUCAGCCAGGGAGUCUCACAUAAGGCGAACAUCCUUCAGUGAGAAACCUGUGCUGGAGUUGGAAAGCUGGAUAGACAAAUACUCAGAUCAGCUUCCACCGCUCACGUCCUUCAUUUUACCGUCUGGUGGAAAAAGCAGCGCUGUGCUCCAUCUCUCCCGAGCCGUGUGUCGCAGAGCCGAGAGGCGUGUCGUUCCUUUGGUGAAAGCGGGAGAAGCGGAUGCAAACGUGGCCAAGUAUUUAAACAGGCUGAGCGACUAUCUGUUCGUCUUGGCCCGUUUCGCUGCAAAGCAGGAAGGGAAGAAGGAGAAAAUCUACAGACGGAUGGAACCCCAAGACUAAGCUCACCAAUGCACGAGGUGUACAACGUUUGAACUAACAAGACAAGAUGAAGUGUAAAACGCCGGAAAUUUGAAAUGCUCAGAUCUCCACCUGAAAUGCCAACAGAAACCCACAGAAAUUCAGGUUUCUGACCACGUUAUUGGGAGUCCAGCUUGCGUACGUGAAUUCAGAGCAACUGUGAUGCCUGAAGGUGCCUUUGUUGCUUCUUGGAACACUGAAGGGAACUGAGGCAGGCGGUUUAGUUCAGUCCCGCUGGCUCCAGGGUCUGGAUUUCUUCCCUCAGCCAAGCCCACCGUCACAUCUCGUCAACAGUCUUGAAAAGCGCAACUUUUGAGAGAGGGACACUGUCGGCAAACGCUGUGCCAGAAUUGAGCCUGACGCCAAGCUCUUUCAGCGGCACAUGGCUUCCGUUCCCUGCCAGUCAUGCAUUUUGGAAAAAGAAAAGCGACCGCAUUCAACCAAUUUUUCAACUUUUAUUUCUUGUAUUCCUGAAAUUUCCAGUGCGAAGAAUGUGCUGUAACUAAAAAAAAAUACUAAGUGAUAAAAGAACAAAAUAAUUUAUUGAUUUCCUAUGCCAAAAGUCUCUCCUCGGAAAACAGGCCUGCAGGGCAGCGCUGGGGAGAGGAGAAAACCGACUGCUUCUGAGGUUCCUGCUGAAGGACCUCCAGGUGACACAAACACCCAGACAAUCCGUGGGGGUCUCUGCGUUAGAAAGCCCCCGUUUGCGCCCCGAAGGCUGUGGGAAGCAAUGUGCAGCUGCUGCCAGGCUUGUUGGGACUGCCCACUCCUACAUUCCAGUGGGUGGGAGGGCACCAGAAGUGGAGAGGCCGCACCCCCUCCUCCCAAGAGGGCAAUUUGAAACAGCUCUCUGGGCAGCCUGCAGCAGCGGCCACAGGUCAACACCCCACAAUCCCUAAUGGGAAAUCAGGAAGGAAACGGGGUGAGCCAGCAUCCAAGAACAGCUCUUUACUUAUGAACCUGUUUGGGCCCAGCCCUUAAUU